AUGUCUUUUCUACCUGAUCUUAUUCUUGGUGGUGCCACUUUUAACACUCAAUAUAAUGAUGACCCUUCAUCGAUCCCGAUUGCUGAUAUUUUAAGAACUGCUUUUAAAAAUGGCAUCAAUGCCAUUGAUUCAUCACCAUACUAUGGUCCAAGUGAAAUUUUACUUGGUAAUGCCCUAUUUGAACUAAAGGAUGAGUUCUCAAGAGAUCAAUACAAGAUUUGUACUAAAGUUGGAAGAAUAGGAAUGAAUGAAUUCGACUAUAGUAAAGAAAAUGUUAGACAUAGCGUCCAAAGAUCCUGUGAGAGGUUUCAUACAUCUUACUUGGAUUUAGUGUACUUGCAUGAUGUUGAAUUUACUACUGUCGACGAGAGCAUCGAGGCAUGUAUGGAACUUAAGAAAUUGAAAGAUGAAGGAAUAAUUCGCAACUUUGGCUUAUCUGGUUACCCAUUGGAUUAUAUAUAUAAGCUUGUUUAUCAUUUAACGACAAAUUAUAAAGAAGAGAUUGGAAAUUUAGAUGUUGUAUUAUCUUAUUGUAAUUUAAAUUUGCAGAAUACAAUGUUAAAUGAGUAUUAUCAAAAGCUAAUGAACUGCAAUUUGAAAACAAUCUGUAACGCAUCAAUUUUAAGUAUGUCACUAUUAAGAUCAAACGAAACGAGAUCAUUCCAUCCGUGUUCUAAAGAGUUACGAGAAGCUGCAGACCGUAGCUCUGAGUAUUGUAAAAGUAAUGGAGUUGAGCUAGCAGAUUUAGCUACAAGAUAUGCACUAUCACAAUGGUAUGGUAAAGGGCCAACUGUUCUUGGUGUCAGUUCCGUUAAAGAAUUAGAACAUAGUUUAAAUAGUUACAAAAAGGUCAAAAAACAAAAUGGACUAUUAGAUGAAAGUGAUAACAAGAUGAUCGAACAUAUCCAAAGAAACAUUUUUGGAGAGCACUUAAAUGAGACAUGGGAAUCAGGUAUUGAACAUACCCAUAUUUAA